AUGAUAGCGCUUCACAAUCAGCUGACCCUGUCACGCCCUCAUCCCACAGAAUUUUGGGUGGAUACGAAACCACAAUCGAAGACUUUCCUUUAUCAGCUGUCCUUGGAAGGAGGUCGGAGACAUGUUUGCGGAGGAUCUAUUCUCUCUAAAAAUUGGGCCCUGACUGCAGCGCACUGUGUCUACAAUGAGCCGUUGAGAUGGAUGUCCUUUCGCGCAGGUUCAACGACACGAGGCUAUGGGGGGACACUCCACCCCGUCAAAUACUACAUCUCCCACGAGAAAUACUCUGGAAGAAAGACACUGGACUAUGAUGUAGCUGUAGUCUUCGUCAAGGUGCCAUUCGACUUCAAGACAGGGAUUGCACCUGUGACUCUCCCAUACUACGCCCCCAGAGAGGGGGAGCGGGUCCUGGUGUCAGGUUGGGGAUUCCUAGAUCCACAACGGCUAAGGACACCCAAAAAUCUGGUUGCGACUGAAAUCAGAGUAUUCAGCUGGGACGAAUGUAAGAAAAUGUAUUGGCUGGUCACUCCCCGCAUGCUGUGUGCAGGUGACGGCUACAGCGACAUCUGUGGUGGAGACUCCGGUGGUCCUCUGGUGCGAGGCUGGAGAGAGCAAGUGGGGAUCGUCUCGUGGGGAUUCAAAUGUGGGGACGGCAUGCCCAGCGUCUACACCAAUAUAUCAGCAGUGGUCCCCUGGAUCAGAGAGAAGACAGGGAUGGACGAUUACUUAGUGUUUCCAUCAGAUGACUACUAUAGAUUAUACAACAGAAUUUUGAACCAGCCCAGACACACUAUACUAGCCAACAUGAAACGUUCGCCCUUUUCAGUUGAGAUUGCAUAUUUUAUCGUUUUUAAAGCUGUGUUUCUUUCACAAUGGAAUUAUAUUGCGAGCCAGAACAGAAUUAUUGGUGGAUUCGAGACCACAAUAGAAGAUGUUCCUUCCCAGCUAUCUUUAGAAGGGGGUCGGAGACAUAUUUGCGGUGGCUCUGUUCUUACCAAAGAUUGGGCCCUGACUGCAGCACACUGUGUAUACCUAGAGCCAGCGAGGUGGAUGUCCCUCCGCGCAGGCUCGACGACACGAGGUCAUGGUGGAACUUUACACCCCGUUAAGUAUUAUAUAUGCCACGAGAAAUACUCUGGAAGAAAGACUCUGGAUUAUGAUCUGGCUGUGGUCUUCGUCAAGGUACGAUUCGACUUCAAGACAGGGAUAGAACCCGUGACGCUCCCUUUCUCUGUUCCCAGAGCUGGGGAGGAGGUCUUGGUAUCGGGGUGGGGAUUCCUAGAGCCACAAGAGCUAAGCAGACCCAAAAAUCUGGUUGCGACUGAAAUCAGAGUCCACAGCUGGAGCGAGUGUAAGAAAAUGUAUUGGCAGUUGACUCCUCGCAUGAUGUGUGCAGGUGACGGCUACAAGGACAUCUGUGGUGGAGACUCCGGUGGUCCUCUGGUGCGAGGACGUAGGGAGCAAGUGGGAAUCGUCUCGUGGGGAUACAAAUGUGGGGACGGCCUACCAGGUGUCUUUACCAAUAUUUCAACAGUGAUCCCCUGGAUCAGAGAGAAGGCCGGAAUGGACAAUGACAUGAUCUUUCCAGAUAAUUAGUACAAAUAUAGUGAUCCAGAGACAGCGAUGGUGGAAAGAUUAUUAAUGAUAUGAUGUAGGUGUUAUUUUGUCCAUAUGAAUUGUACUGUAGACUAUUGUAAGUUGUAAGAAAUCGCUGUAAAAUGCAGUAUAAACCAAUAGAAUGUCAUUUAUGUAGUUCCUAUAGCAAGAAAAGUCGUAGAUUAAUCAAAAUCAAAGCGUCCAAAAAAAGCAUAAACUAUUAUGUACAAAAAUAAUUAUAAGGAAAUAUGUAAUUUUAAUAAAUAAUAUUCUUUUUUAGACAAAUAUAUUGUUUUCCAUCCAUAUAACGUAUAAACUUCCAUUCCUAAUUCAUUAAAACGACUAUUUAUAGAAAUGAUUUUUUUUUAACUGACAUGUUUUGUGUGUUGUGUAUUAAGUGUGACAACCGCUUUCAUUUACUUUAAUUUUAAAAUUUAAUCCCGUUACAAUAAAACAUUUUUGGCGAUAUUUUGACUAUUUGCUACGUAAUCAAUGUUGGUUUAAAAAAUUAAAUAAUCUUAAUUUUUAAGUAGUAAUUAAUUAAAUUUAAUUAAUUUUAGAUUAGUAAAACUUUAGUAAAGAAGUCUAAAACAAGUAACUUAUUCAAAGGUUACUUUUGUGAUAAGAGGACAAAUAUGUACAUUUUAAACUAUAUUUAUGUAUUACAUUGCUCCCUUCCAUUUUAUAAUACUUUAAUGUAUAUAAUUACAAGGUAGGAGUAAGCUACAUGUUUCUCGAAAAGGCUUCAAUAAAGUUCAAUGCAAAAUUAAA